ACAACCCUUAUGGCACGAAAAUGGAACCCCUGGAUUCCGAAAUCGUCCCCUUGCAUAAACACGCUACUUUACGUCCGAGCAGCACCAAGGGUCCCGAGCCCCCUACAGCAGCGUCCAGAUCCUUCGCGGGCACCCGGGGCCAGAAGGAGAGAAUGAAGGCGACCCGCUCUAAGACGCCGGAGGAGGUGUCAUCACCUGAGCGCAAGAUCUGCAGCUUCUGCAAACACAACGGGGAGUCUGAAUCUGUGUUUGGGUCCCACAGUCUAAAGGACCAGGAUGGGGACGUGGUAUGCCCGUACCUGCGGCAAUAUAUCUGCCCUCUCUGCGGGGCCACCAAGGCCAAAGCCCACACCAAGCGCUUCUGUCCCCAAGUCGAAACCACCUACAGCUCGGUCCUAUGUCAAGUCAUAGAAGCGCUAGCUCUGGUCCAGGCCGUUACUGCGCUACCCUCUAGACCUACUAACAUAGUCAACUUGUUGUUGCGAGAUGGGUGGGACCAGAGCUAGAGAGGCGCUGGAGAGACUUCAGGCUGUUGUUGUGCAGACUUUCUUGAGCGUCUCUAGCGCACUGUAUGCGGACAAUUGUAAGAGGAUUUACGAGUGGAUAUUCAGCUGAGACGCAGUUUGGAACAGGCUGACAAGUUUGUAGACUGUGUAAUAGGCUGACUAGUUUGUAGAAUGUGUAAUAGGCUGACUAGUUUGUAGACUGUGUAAUAGGCUGACUAGUUUGUAGAAUGUGUAAUUUCCUGUUAGUCGUGUGAUUUUUAUUAUUUAUUUCCUUGACUUUUUCUUGUUUGUUUUCAACCUGUCGCGUAUUUUUAUGUAUUUAUGACGUGUGAUUAUUUGCAUUUAUUUUCUACACAUUUUGGGGUUUGAGUUGUUUUCUUUAAAGUGUAAAUGUCUCUGUCUGUCUGUGACCAAACUAACUACGUCUUUACAUGUUGGUAUGAGAUUUUGUAAAACCUCAACCUCUUAAUGUGUCGCCUACUGAACCGCCCUUAUCAACAAACUCUCAUUGCAGAAUUCGACGUUUUUCCACGUUUCUCCCUGCUACUUUGGGGAGGAAAAACGAAAGUGUUGUUUUCCUGACUUUAAAACGACAUGCUCUAAUUAAUCUAACUGUACAUCUGCAAGUCUACAGGCCUAAAAUAACUAUUAUAAGAAAAUGACUAUUGACAAGACAACUGCUAUUUUAUGAUGUGGUGUGCAGAGCUACUUUGUGUUUCUCAUUUACCAUGCUAGCUACUAUUAAGAACUGUUAUACUUGAAUUACUUUAAUAGAUCUAGAAGUGUUCUUUUUUUUUUUUUUUUUCAACCUCGAUGCAUCUUACGUUGGCUGUACAGGACUUUAAUGUCUGUCACUUUAAAGAACUGCUCUACCCCAUGUUGAAUAGUAUGUUUGUUUAUUAUGAUACAUGUCUUCUAUAAUAAUAACAAUAAUAUCUGCAUUGGCUACUCCUGUGUGUCUUAAUUAUCAGCGAGGUGUCCCUAAAAAGGUGUCCCUGUCUGCACAUCAUGUUGGUGUCCCACAUGGCAUUGUAUUUCUUAAAUAGUGCCCUACUUUUGAUCAGGGGCCAUAGGGCUGUGGUGAAAAGUAGUGCACUAAAUAGGGCUGUGGUC